AUGGGUUCAAGAAGAUACGAUUCAAGAACAACUAUUUUUUCUCCGGAAGGACGUCUAUAUCAAGUUGAAUACGCCUUAGAAUCCAUUUCUCAUGCAGGGACAGCAAUAGGUAUUAUGGCAAAGGAUGGUAUCGUAUUAGCAGCAGAAAGGAAAGUGACUAGUGCAUUAUUGGAGCAAGAUACGUCCACGGAAAAGUUAUACAAAUUGAAUGACAAAAUCACUGUGGCUGUGGCUGGUUUGACAGCAGAUGCAGAGAUCCUUAUAAAUACUGCAAGAUUCCAUGCACAAGAUUAUUUAUUGACUUACAACGAAGAUAUACCUGUGGAGAUGCUAGUCAGAAGAAUGAGUGAUAUAAAACAAGGGUAUACACAACAUGGUGGGCUGAGACCAUUUGGUGUAUCAUUUAUUUAUGCUGGUUAUGAUGAUAGAUAUGGGUAUCAAUUGUAUACAUCCAAUCCAUCAGGUAAUUAUACAGGUUGGAAAGCUAUUAGUGUUGGUGCCAAUACAUCUGCAGCUCAAACACUUUUGCAGAUGGAUUAUAAAGAUGAUAUCACAUUAGAAGAAGCUACAGAACUUGCUUUGAAAACUCUAUCAAAAACAACCGAUAGCAGUGCUUUGACAUAUGAUAGAUUGGAGUUUGCUACAAUUAAAAUGAAACCAGAUGAUGGAAACGGUUCUAAAAGGGUAUACCAAAAGAUUUAUAAACCAAAUGAAAUCAAACAAUUAUUAAUUAAGACUGGUAUAACUAAGAAAUCAAAGAAUAAUGAGGAUGGCGAAGGCGAAGGUGAAGAUACUGAAAUAAAAUUAUGA